AUGCGUAAAGAAGAAAAAGAAUUCGGUGGUACACUUGGAGCCAUUGGUUUAAUGAUAUUCUCUCAUUUUGUUCCAUUUUAUUUCGCUCUGUCACUUCGAUAUAGUUCGGGUGGACUCUAUUGGCCAUUAUCAUCAGAUGAACUUAUCGAAAACCUCAAAGAAAGUUGUUUACCAACAUGGUCCGCAUUUUUUCUCUACACUGGAUUUUGUUUUCUACAGCUUAUUUUCGCUGCGAUUUUACCUGGCCCACAAGUGAAAGGUUUACCCGUACCGACGGAAAACAACCGACAAUAUACAUACAAUUGCAAUGCAUUAGCUAGUUGGUAUAUUACAUUGGUUCUCGUGGCCGUACUUCAUAUCACUGGUCUGGUUCGUUUAACGAUUCUGGCUGAUCAGUUUGGCUCUGUCUUAUGUGUGGCAGUGAUUUGUAGUGAUAUUGUCUCAGUCCUCAUACAUUUCUACGCUCUGCUAACAAAACAAACCUGUCGAAUGGCCAAUUCGCCGAUCUACGACUUUUUCAUGGGCGUCUGGUUAAAUCCACGGAUAAGAAUUCUCGGACAAGAUGUUGAUUUGAAAAUGAUAGCUGAGGUUCGUCUCUCAUGGCUCUUACUAUUUCUUCUAAUUGUUUCUGCAGCAGUCAAACAAUACGAAGUCUUCCAUGCUAUUUCCUGGCCGAUGAUAUUCAUUUUAACAGCGCAAUUGCUGUACAUCAAUGCUUGUAUAAAAGGUGAAGAAUGCAUUCCAACAACAUGGGAUAUAUUCUAUGAAAAAUGGGGCUGGAUGUUGAUCUAUUGGAACUUAGCUGGUGUUCCAUUUGUGUACGCAUUUCAAGCUUAUUAUAUCUUGGUAAAUUCAUUGAGAACACAAAAUCUGAGUGGAGGUGUAUCGAUGACAUUAACAACGACACUAUUUAUUGUUCUCUUUGUUGCUUAUUACGUAUGGGAUUCCUCGCUAUCACAAAAGAUUCGUUUUCGUAUGCAACAACAGGGAACUUACAUAACACGCAAUGCAUUUCCGCAAGUUCCAUGGAAUGUAAUCAAGAAUCCGAAGUCUCUGAAAACUGAAUGUGGAUCACCAUUAUUAGUCGAUGGUUAUUUUAAAUACUGUCGUAAACCACAAUAUACAGCUGAUAUUUGCAUGUCAAUUCUUUGGGCAUUAUCAUGUCAUCAAUGGCCAGGUCUAUUACCUUAUUUCUAUCCAAUUUUCUUUACUGGUAUGAUCAUUCAUCGUUACACACGUGACAUGGCACGAUGUGAACGUAAAUAUGACAAAGAUUGGAAGAUUUAUUGUGAACGUGUUCCAUAUGCAUUCAUUCCUGGUCUUAUAUAA